AUGGCCAAGAAGAAAAAGACACAACUGAGGCCAGUCGCUCGAGGCUUCGCGACGACUUCUGUCCCAAAAAAAGUCAUCCCGCCACAACUUACCCUUGAUGAGCAACUUCCUCAGACUGAGGACGAUGCAGACAAUGAAGAUACAUUGCUCGCCGCAGACGGUAUCCGAGACGGUGAUACUAUUGUUCACGAGCUCUCAAACGAUGGGUUUGAUCCGGAAAAGGUCGAGGAGCAGUCAUUGCAAAAUUUGAUUGAUAGGUUCCAAGAGAAAACCGAAAAGGAAAUAACGAGGACAGUCAAGGCUGUGGAAGUUGACCGGCGUUAUUCCAAGACUCUUCCUUGUCUGGACAUCGAUCCACAUUUGCGAGACCAAAUAAUUUCGCUUGUGGAAGACCUAAAAAAGUGGGAUGGUCAAAAGCCGCUUGAAGAGCCUGAAGAGAAAGCUAUAGCACGACUUGGUAUAACCUACGGCGUUCUUAGGCGACUCGGGUUCAGCGAGGAGAGAGUGGAAGAGUGUCUUCGAUGUAUUGAUGGGAUAGACUUGGAAGAAGCAUAUGAAUGGCUUUAUAUUCACUGUUCUGAGAAUGAACUCCAAGAGAAGAGCACGCCUGAAGCUCAAGAUUCGACGACUCCUCGAACAUCCGUCAGCCGAAACCUCAAGACGUCACAAACACCACGGUUACCUUCUCAAUUUCUACUGCCGAAGCCGACCUUGCAGAAAGGGAAAGGUUUAGAUGUCAACGCUCCGGCCUUCAUACCGAAGACACCGUCAACACCAAAGAUCUUCGCUGACGACGAAGAAGAGACCAUAAAAUCGCGGAUCUUGGAGACUUACAAUGGAGCCUCUGAUUCAGACGUUGAACGUUCAGAGCUUGACGACCUUACAUUGGAAUAUGUUCGGCUGCGACUCAGAAUCGAGAACCUCACAUCGAGCCAACGUUCUACAUCCAUCAACGAUGAACUGAGUAUGUUGCAUGCACGUCUCGGCGCGAUCACAGAAAAUUAUCUCUUCGACGAGAAGGAGGCGAAAGCUCACUAUCGUUCUGAACGCGAGAAAGCAGAUUCCUCCGCCCUUCAAAAGAAACUUGAAUCGUCUCUUCCUCUAAUCCACGAGUCACCGAAAAAACCUUCUCAAAUAUUACAACCAGUGCCCUCCGCUCCGCAAGUCGCUGCGACCGACGUUUUUGCGGAUGACGAUAGCGGCGACUCCGUCGGAGGCGUGCUGGAUUUUUUGGACGACGUUUCAUCGACUGAAAUCAACGUACUGGGGACCACCUUCUCCUUGCGUAACAUGGCCCCCCCGAAGCACUGGUCUGGGCGGACUCCCAAGACAUUAUUGCAUGACACUGUCGCUAAAGCAGACCGAUAUGCAGCAAUCUCCUACAAUAUCAUAUCAGGCCACAGUCGUGCUAAACGUGCUUCUGUGGCAAUUUUAUGGGAAGGGAAGAAGCGGGACGAGUGGUCAAUGGAAGACGUCGCCUGCCCAGAUGAUGGUCAGGCUGAACAAUAUAUCUCUAUAGUGGCCCUCCAUGCAUUAUCUUUCCCCCUCACUGAUGGUUUUGCUGCCGGAACGCCAAUAACGUCACACAGCCAUACCUUUUUUCGUCUGUUGCCAGCCGUUUACCGAGGUCUUUGGGAAGACCUCGAGGCAGCGAGAAAGAUUCGAGAUGAUUCAAUUAAUAGAAGUACUUGGGCUAAAUUGCGUACAAUCAUAGAAGGCAAGUUGGAAGGCAGCGUUAAGGUCAACAACAAACUGUCGAAGCUGACGUUCGAAAAGCAAGAUGUCGACCUUUCCCCACCGCUACCGAACAAUCAAGAGAUUUUUUCUGAGAAAAUAGCGUCGGGCUUCAGGACCAGGCAAGCCAGCGGUGCGUACCAAGAAAUGCUCACGCAACGCAAUAUGCUGCCCAUCGCCCAACAUAGAGCAGAAAUUUUGAAGAUACUGGCGAACUCUCAGGUCCUUGUCUUGAGCGGCGAAACUGGAUGUGGCAAGUCAACACAGGUGCCGAGUUUCAUCCUAGAAGAUCACCUUUCUCGAGGAAAACCUUGCAAGAUAUAUUGCACGGAACCUCGUCGCAUAUCCGCUAUCUCACUUGCACAACGCGUCUCCAGAGAAUUAGGCGACCCCCCUAACGUUGUUGGGACUGCCAAUUCCCUGGUCGGGUAUUCAAUCCGGCUAGAAAGUAACAUUUCCCGCAAUACUCGUCUCGCCUUUGUGACCAACGGUAUUGCACUGAGGAUGCUAGAAGGUGGUAGCGGGUCAGGUGGGAAGGGCACGGCGUUUGAUGAAAUAACGCAUAUCAUUGUCGAUGAGGUUCAUGAACGCACUAUCGAAUCAGAUUUUCUGCUGAUUGUUUUGAAAUCGUUACUGGAACGAAAACCUGACCUCAAAGUAAUUUUGAUGUCGGCAACUGUCGAUGCCGAAAAAAUCUCCACAUUCUUUGGAGGUUGUCCGACCAUGCAUGUUCCUGGACGGACAUUCCCAGUUGACAUUCGUUACCUUGAAGACGCCGUAGAAUAUACUAAGUGGUCUGUCGCAGAAGGUUCUUCAUAUGCAAGGCGCCUCUAUGAUAAAUUUUAUCAGGGGAGGGCUCGACCGGAUUGGGCGGAGGAGACAAUUAACGGAGGUGACGAUGACGAUGAUGAAGGUGAUUGCCAGAGCAAAAAUAUGAAACUGGAAAAACGGUAUUCCCCCGAAACCGCCUCUACUCUCAAUCUCUUUGAUGAGCGGCUCAUACCCUACGACCUCAUUCUAUGUCUGCUGGAAAAGAUUUGCUUUGAGGACGCUAGUUAUAGCUCUUAUUCAUCCGCUAUCUUGAUCUUUAUGCCUGGUUUGGGAGAAAUACGCCGUCUCCAUAACAUGUUGGCCGAGCACCCUGCUUUCGGAUCCAACACUUUCCGACUCUACCCUCUGCAUUCGACAUUGUCCAAUGAGAAUCAGGGUGCAGUGUUUGAUGUCCCUCCCGCAGGUGUUCGGAAGAUAGUCAUAGCUACGAAUAUUGCAGAGACAGGGAUCACAAUUCCUGAUAUCACAUGUGUCAUUGAUUCGGGGAAACAUCGUGAGAUGAGGUUUGACGAAAAGCGGCAGAUCAGCCGUCUUGUUGAAACCUUCAUCGCGAGGAGUAACGCUGCUCAGAGACGAGGUCGUGCGGGUCGUGUCCAGCGUGGUCUAUGCUUUCAUCUGUUCACGAAAAUUCGGCACGAUACCCAGAUGGCGGACAGCCCCCUUCCUGAAAUGAUGCGGCUGAGCCUCUCGGAUCUGGCUUUGCGAAUCAAAAUUAUCAAGGUCAAUCUAGGUACUUCCAUAGAGGACGUGUUAUCGCGCGCCAUGGAUCCACCUGUAUCCAUCAAUGUCCAGAGGGCGGUUUCUAUGCUUGUAGAGGUUCGAGCUUUGACGCCGACUGAAGAAAUUACUCCUAUGGGGAGACUUCUAAGCAAGCUACCUACAGAUGUUCACCUUGGUAAAUUCUUGUUGAUUUCGACCCUGUUUCGUUGCUUGGAUCCGGCCUUGACAAUCGCCGCUGCCCUCAAUUCGAAGUCUCCGUUUGUUUCACCCCUUGGAUUAGAACAAGAAGCUGACCGCGCGAAGUGCUCGUUCCGAGUUGAAAAUUCGGACUUUUUGGCCAUUCACAAUGCCUUCUCGUCCUGGCGGAGGGCGAGUACAAACCUCGCUUCUGUCCGGAAGUUCUGCCGCGUCAAUUAUCUGAGUCAUCAGAACUUGCAACAAAUAGAGGAACUCCGCCAACAAUUUCUUGGAUAUCUGAUAGAUUCAAAUUUCAUACAAGUUGAUAAAUCUUUCAUUGGUGAAUUAAACCGAAUACGUUACGGACGCAAUCGAACUCGGUUCGUCACCGUACCUCCAGAACUUGACUCAAAUUCCAACAAUGCCUUUCUGGUCCAUUCUGCGUUGACCGCUGGUUUAUAUCCUAAAAUCUUAACCAUCGACCCUAAAAAUGGGGAAAUGCGGACUGUCACGAAUAACCAGCAUGCGUUGUUUCACCCCUCGUCGGUCAACUUCGGUCGCAAACCGAACGAUUUUGGUGUGAACCAUCUCUUUUAUUUCACUCUCAUGCAUUCAAAGAAACUUUACGCUUGGGAAACCGGACCAGCGGAGGAUAUUUCGCUUCUUUUACUUUGCGGUGAAUGCGACUUCAAGUUAAUCGCCAGUAUGGCGUCCGUCGACCGAAAGAUCAAAUUCCGCAUCCCUCCUAAAACAAGCGUUGCUUUGAAGUUUUUGCGAGAACAACUAGGAAAUGCACUGGCUCAUCAAUUCCGCAAUAAAACACUCAUGCAAUCUCAUCUCCAAUGGAACGAGACCGGGUUGAUGGUGCUUGGGAAAGUGAAGCCAGAAGGCAAGUCCUAG